ACGCAAAAAGUGUAUAUCGCGGAAAUGCAUUUUGGAAAGGUUUAAUGUAGCACAAACUGUACUAGUAUUUCACUUACUGUAGGGCAAAGAAUAACACAUUUGAACAGUACGAAGGUGGGCGAAGCUGCAACAAUUUGAGAAAUGGAAGACGAUGCACCUGUCAUUUAUGGUCUCGAAUUCCAGGCAAGGGCUCUUACUGCCCAGACGGCUGAGACUGAUGCCAUUCGUUUCCUUGUCGGCACACAGUCUCUGAAAUUCGAUAACCAGAUCCACAUCAUUGACUUUGAUGAUGAGAAUAACAUCAUUAACAAGAACGUGCUCCUGCACCAAGCUGGGGAGAUAUGGAACAUUGGCGCCAGUCCCGCGGAUAAGGCAGUGCUCACCACCUGCUACAACAAAACUUGUGACAGCAGGGUGGUGUCCUGUGCCUCAGUGUGGCGGAUGCCCUGCGACUGGGAGACGGGCAGCAGCCACGAGUCCCCCGACGACUCCGCCCACAAUCCCCAGACUCUGGAACUUCUCUGUCACCUUAACGACAGCGCCCAUGGCAACGCAUCCAGUGUGCUGUGGGAGCCCAUGGGAGACGGCAAGCGUGUGAUUUCAUUGGUUGAUAACCAUGCAUUACUGUGGGACCUGCAGGAGAGCUCAACACAGGCCACGGUCUCUAGCACUGUCACGCUGGAGGGCAAAGGUCAGCUGAAGUUCACCGUGGGCAAGUGGAGCCCCCACCACAACUGCAGCCAGCUGGCCACCGCCAACGACACGGCCAUUCGGGGCUGGGACCUACGGACCAUGAGUCAGAUCUACUGCAUAGAGAACGCCCACGGGCAGCUGGUGCGAGACCUGGACUUCAACCCCAACCGCCAGUACUACCUGGCCAGCUGCGGGGACGACUGCAAGGUGCGCUUCUGGGACGUGCGCAACGUCCAGGAGCCCGUCAAGAGCCUGGAGGAGCACUCCCACUGGGUGUGGAGCGUGCGCUACAACCACAGCCACGACCAGCUGGUGCUGACGGCCAGCAGUGACAGCCGCCUCAUCCUCUCCAACAUGGUGUCCAUCUCCUCGGAGCCCUUCGGCCAGCUGGUGGACGACGAGGAGCUGAGCGACGGCGAGGACGCCCAGCCCAGCGACAAGGUCAAGGAGCCCCUGACGGACAGCGUGGUGUCCACCUACGAGGAGCACGAGGACAGCGUGUACGCGGCCGAGUGGUCCACGGCGGACCCCUGGCUCUUCGCCUCGCUCAGCUACGACGGACGGCUGGUCAUCAACAGGGUGCCUCGCGCCCUCAAGUACCGCAUCCUGCUCUGAAGGACCGCAGCGUGUGUGUGAGAGAGCGUGUGCGUGACUGCGUGAGUGUGUUGAGUGUGUGUGUGAUUGAGUGUGUGCGUGUCUGACUGUGUGAGUGCGAUCGCGUGUCUGUGUGUGUGUGUGUGUCUGUGUGAGUGUGUUUGUCUGUGUGAGUGUGUGUGUGAGAAUGCGUGUCUGUGUAAGUGUGUGCUUGUCUGUUAUUGUGAGUGUGUGUGUGGGAACAUUUGUGUGAGAGAGAGAGAGAGAUACGGAUAUUUAUCGACUACCAUCAGCUACCAUUGAAGCAUCAUACCUUUUUAUUUUGGCAGGAUUUUUGCGACGGCAAUGGAUGCUGUGGUUGACGCCGCUGCAGACGCGUGUGCAUGUGACUUUUAUGUUUGUGUGUUCUAUUCCAACGUGUUCAUCGUGUUGAUUAUUUGGUCCAUUCAGAAUAAAACGAUUCGUCCGCUGUUCCGAU